AACUCUUCCUUGCUCUAUGAUCUAACGUUAUGCUUUUCGUUAAAUCUCAAGCUUCGCUUCGUAUCGGUGACCGUAGCAAUCAACUUGAUGAUAAAGUUCACGCUUUCACACCUCAGUGCGCAUGUGGUGAUGAUGUAAUCACCUUUUUCACGAUUUGACCUAUGGAGGGCGCUGUUGACCGCGAAUUCCAGAGAGCUCGAGAUCACGAAUUGAUCAUCGUACCAAGUAGAUUUCCCGUUUCUUUUGGUCAGUAUUUCAUUCCCUUACAAAAAUGAGUGGAGCUGACACACUUGAGGACAGGCGAGUAGAGGAUCUUGCUCAUCAGGUUACAGAAACUUCAGAUAAAAACGUUCCAAUUCUGCUGCUUGCAAUCCAAGACAUUUUGGACAGCGUCAUUCCUGGGUCUCAGCGAGCGGCCAAAGUCAAGAAAGACAUCUGGCAGUUUGACCUUCUGCAGAGCGUCCUCCUGGCCUUGAGACAAGAUUUCUCACUCAUCCAGGGCAAAUGGAACACUGCGGCUUCCUUGGCCAAGAUCCUAGCGCAUUGUGCUGUUGGCCUUGAACCCACCGACACCUAUGAGUACAAUGCCAUCUUCCUCCCUGAAGCCUCAGAGCGGCUGCUCAUCUUGGCCCGCAACGUCCAAUUCCGCUACAUGAAGAUCCCGGAGAAGACGUUGACCUUGAAGGACGACCUGAUCAAGGACUUUCAGGAAGUCAUUGAAGCCUUACAGUGGCUUAUCAGCGGUCACGUCUUCCUCACAAUGCACGUUCUCAGAUCAAAUUACCUGCUUCAGAUGCUGAUAACCGACGACAAAGAGACUGCCAUUGUCAUUCUGGGAUUGUUCCAGAAUGCAGUUCGAGUCAACCCAGUGGUAUUGCAGACGCUGGAUGAGAAGGUGGUUCAUAGUCUGUUGGAUGAGGUCAUCUAUAAGCUGUCUGCGUUCACCGAAGCAGAGGUUGGCGCAGCUGCAACAAGGACUCUGGUCAACAUUGCCGAUGUGCACCAGCCACUCAUCAGACUGCUCUACACCAGAUACAAGGGUCUGAGGCCACUUUUGAGCAGAUGGACCGGCAAAGGAUUUGGUCGCGACUUGAAGAAGCUUCUGGCUCUGUUAGAUGCUGGGUCGACCCAGCAGGCAGAGCUGCAGAGAUUACAUCGAGCAGCCCGGACUGUCCAGGCAGUAUGGAGAGGAUUCCAGACGCGCAAGCAACUAAAGAAAGCAAACAAGGCAUUUACCAGACUGCAGAAGAGCUUCAGAGAGAAGCAAGCACAGCGCGACCAACAGGUGGAGAAGGAACGGGAGAGGAGGGAGCUCCAGCAUCAGCUGUUGGUGUCCAGGAGGCAAGCCAUCCGACAGACCAGACAGAAACAACUGGACAUGAUCGCUGCCAUGGCUCCAGGCAAAGUGGACCGGUAUUUGCAGAUGUCUCAGAUUGCAGCCGCCGUGAAGCUACAGGCUCGGUGGCGAGGGAUCCUGGAGCGACGUAAGCUGGGUCUGCGCAAGGCCACAGCCCAGCAGGUCAGAGCGGCCAUCACCAUCCAGAGAGUGGUCCGCCGAUUCUUGAAGAAAUUGGAGGAAAAGAAAAGGGAGCCGUUAUUGUUUCGACCCCCACCUGGCCUGACGGAGGAACGAAGAGUCGAUCUGCAGAGAACUAUUGACCAGCAUCGAGAGGCACAUCCGCCCAAGCAGCUGAGCUACCAGCUGCAGCAGGAGCUUCAUAACGAAGCCCAAGAGAUGCUGGGUCGAUACCUGAGCGUCCGCAUGGCUCAUCGGAAGAGCUACCAAAGGAGGGAAGCACUCCUGGCCUCGCUGGAGACAGACGCUGACCUGCUCAGUGAUGCGCCAAAGCUGUGUGACCUGACAGAUCGUGACAUCCACAAGUUCACCAGUCACUCGGCCCCCAUUGCCACCAAAGCUCUGGCCAAUCACAAGGAGCAGAUGGUGAUGCUGCGUCAGCCGUGGUGGAAGAAACUCAACGCUGAUGAGAGAACGGACGAGGAAGCUGAGCAAGACUACGACUCCAACAUUUUAUGAGAAGAAAAAACAAAAAAAAAGGAGAUACGCAGCAGGAAAGAAACUGAGUGCAAAGCUGUAGUGAAAUUCUCGACACAUUAUUAAAUGUUGGCUAACUGUACCGUUGUUCAUGCAGAUACCUUACGCCUUGCAAACCUUUGCUCAAGACUGUACGUUGCACAAUAUCGGGAUUCUUGAACAGCCUUGUCUUGUCAUUAUUUUCAUUAGUUAGCCUGUGAUCUCGGUAAUUUUUUUAAACCGCUUUGUGCCAGGGUGUGUAAACACGAUCUAGCUAUCUGUAUACUUGGGCACAGAUGAUGGGGCAAAGUAUCUGGCUGACGUGGUCUAAUCCCCCAUUUCUUUUGUACACAUACGCAGAGUCCAAGAAGCCUGUGGGGGCAAAGCAUGUGUUGAACUUGGUUGCUAAUGGCCAAAAUCGCUCUGUGGGUGUGCCCUGGAGUGUUGGGAUAUUGGCCUGCGGGUACACCAUGGAAUUAAUCUCCUUUUUGAAGAGGUGUGGUUCUUAGAAGAACUGGUGAGUGUCAACUCGACAUUUCGGCCAGGAUAUUCUGGCCAUCCUCUGGAGUGUUGAAAAAUAGGAGCGUGCUUUCAGAAAUAUUGUACAAAUAACUGUACCAAUGACUUCAGAAAGUCAGUAUUUGUGCUGUGUGGUUGCAUAUCAGCAGUGGGCUGCAAUAUUUUCAGUCAAAAUAUUUCAGCCACAAUAACAUGGUCUACAAGCAGUUAAAAAAUCUGAAGAUACCGGCUUUCUGUUAGGCGACUAAAAGUCAUUUAUCAAACAAUGCUAAGUGUGGGAAUGGUGGACUGGUAGCUUCCACAUCAGGAAUUGUAUUUGGGUCAAUGACCUGAUGAGGUUAGUUUCAACAAAUUGUAAAUUAACUUGAAGAGUAAAUAGUUCAUUUCAGAUGAAGUGGUAAGAUUAUUCAAACUUUUACGGUAUUUUUGUCAAUUGAUUCCCCAGAAUUUCUUAAUGAUAUUAAAUUUUGUCCAAUAUGCUGCCCUUAAAGAAGCACCUUGGUAAAGCCUCAAGUCUCGUAGGUAUCAUCGGAGGAUUACUGAAAUGCAAAUGAGCACUAUUGCUGAACGUCGUGAACUCAAAAGAACUUUGAAGAGUGUGAGCUUUAAGACAAGCUGGCGGAAAGAAUGCAGAGUCAACCAAGAGGUUUACCUCGAGGUUGAACAGGGUUUUGUGGGAUAUCGUGGGGUAAAACCUCAAGUUACACCUUAUUUAAUAGAGUUACACCAUAUUCAACAUUUUUCACUAAUAACUGGGGUGUAAGGGUGCUGUGGCAUUACAUUCCAACUUUUCGAAUACGGGUGCAGGAAUACACCAAAGCACUGCCUACACCUGUGCAUAUAACUUUAGUAGACAUUAACCCUGUAGUCCACAAUCCUUAAACUGUCAGAGAAUUGAGGAUUACUAGGGUUAAUGAACAUCCUGUAAGAAACACCCCGUGCAAGAUAUGCUCUAGCAGGCUGGCUUUCAGGACAGAUGUGUUUUUUUGUGAAGGGAACUUGAAUGAACCUCAUUCUGCUUGUAGUAUGCAAGAUGUUGUCAUGAAGCAGUUAGAGUGCAAUACAUGUAUAUGUACAUAAGAUUUUUUGAAUGCUACUGAUUGAUGUGAAUGAUUAUAUUUUGACCAAAUUUUCUUGUAUUCUAGACUGAGAGUACUAUGGUAAGAAGCAUUUCAUUUCCGUCCAACUGAUAUGUGAAGCCUUGUGUACAGCUGAGCCAUCAAUUUGCUGGUUAUUGUAAAUUAAAUCUUCAGUUCUGAAAGUGA